UUUAUUACUUUCUUCAUAUAUUAAAAUUAAUAAUUAAGCGAGAAUAACUAAAAGAAAAAAAUUACAGUCCACAGACGUUGUUUCGUGACAUGAUCACAAUUUAAUGUCAUCCACGUCCGCAAUCGUGAAUUUUUAUAUUGUUCCCGAUAACAAGAAUUCAAUUCACGCUAUCGCACCUGAACGCUUUAAUAAAACUAAUUUACGAUUGCGCACGUAUACAUAGGUUCAAACAAUACUUUAUAUAUAUAUCUUCAACUAGACGCCGUCUACAGUAUGAUUAAAUCAGUUUUCGAUACAAAAAUGUGGCUUCAUUGUGGCAUACUUAUCCACCUAUUUGGAUUUCUUCUUGCAAAAUCGUAUAAAUUAGACGAUGCCAACAGAUAUUCUUCAUCUCUGGAGAGAAAACUGACAUUGAAAUUGAAAACAGCGACACGGCUGAAACAUAAUCUUGGAAAAGUUCUUCAUGAGUUACCAAUACAGAGUUACGAGAUGCAUCACUCCAUAAAAAUCAUCGAAGAUUACUUAAAAAACGGCGGCUCACUGCUCGAGUGUCUUGACGUUUUACCUUCUAUAACGUACGCCCCUAUUGCAGAGCAGAUGGACAUUAUUCUUGGAUCCAUGGAGGACCGCUUGCCCGAGUAUCUUCUUCCAGCGAUAUCUUUGAUACGGCGAUCUCUGUCGGAAGGCCUCUUAGAUGCCGAUGAGAUCUAUAGACCUACUUUCGGACCGCCGAAGGCCGACCUCUUGGAGAAGAUCUCUAUGAGAGAAUUGAAAAAAGCAGCUUCGCCGUUGACCUAUCAUACGCCGGUUGAAAGUAUCAGAGGACCUUGGCCGGAGAUUGUCGGUGAGACGGCGACGUUGAUCCAUGAUAAAGUCAUCCGCCCGCGUUCUGAACUGAUCGCAUACAUGCUGGCGAAUCUGCGGAUAUCCGACGCGACGGCGGAGGUGAGAGAAUCGGUCGUACUUCUUAUCGAACAUCUACGAUCGCACGGCGAGCGCAAGUUGUCCGGUUUCAACGUGACUUCAGAUCCAUACGCGUUGAUUACCAACGUCGUCUCGAGUCUGUCCCUGCAAAAUGAGACGCUGAUAGCCGCCAACGUGUUGCUGCCCUUCUUGCGAAGACCCUCGGAGUGUCGAGCCGCUGAAUUCACCGGCUUCUUUCAGAAGAACACUCUAAACUACACUCUGCUGAUAUCUCGGGACAGGAUGCUCUCUAGAUCGAAAGAUGGUGUCGCGUUUUUGUCUAUGAUUCAGCAGAACAAUACGGAUGUUUGGGAUGUCAUGAAGCAAUUCUCCCCCUACAAAUACAGAUCUUGGAAGAAUCUGUUGCUGGCUUUUGUCAGUCAACUGAGGCGUCAACAGACUCAUAAGGGCGAAGUAUCGAACAUUGUAAACAGUGUCUAUGGUGAACUGAUUUUGAAAAACAGAGGAAAGCGUUGGAAAUUUCUGAGGAAUUCCAUUAUUGCCGCACCGGUCCUCUUCGCGCUAGCUAGAAAAGAGAAUUCCGUCAGAAUUCGAAGGCUUCUCCUGGAUGUGGCUGUGGACAGAACAGUCAAACCGGAAGUCUGGCAGAAGGCACUUGCUUUCGCUUCUUCGGAGGAUAUCAGCGGGCCGAUAAACGCCGUAUGGAAAACAUUGAAAGCAUUGGUAGUUUCGAGUCUUCUUCCGCAGAGUGUUCUGUCGAUGAAUAUGGCCGAACUGGUGACCAUGUUUGAUAAUAGAAUCAAUCAAGGCCAGGCUAAAUGCGUUAGCCAAUUGGAAACAUACUUGGAUAAUUUGAUUGAAGCAAAAACCGAUAGAAGGAACACGAUCGGUGAUGUAGAUAUCGAGGAUCUCCUUCAGGCUUUGCGAGGCUUAGACAUUUACACGGAUGAAUACAGAAGCUUGGAGAACUUUCUGUCACAAGAUGAUUUGGAGACCAAGAUAGGCCAAGUUGACUUGAAUGUCCAUCCCACCAGGGGUAGAUUGUUAGCUUAUUUAUUACAGAUGAUCGAACAUACCGAUGGCAUUGAUAAUAAGCUACGUCACUUGGCCGAACAAUUUGUCGACAAUGUGGCUUACUAUGGCUACGGCGCUGGUGCUUUGUCGUAUCGUUCAAUCUAGUUUGAGCACGUUUUUGUGUUCUUUUAAUUAAAUUUUCAAUAAAUCUCACAAUUCCAUUUAUGUCUCGUCUAGAACAGAAAGAAUAUUAAUUUUAUUAGUUGAAUAAGAAAUUGUAUAAAACUGCAGUCGUCAUUAUUGCUAUUUGUAAUGUAUACUUCUAUUUUAUAAAUUUUUCAAUCAAAAAAAUUUUUUUUGUUGCUUUUCAAUAAAUUGCAGUCAAUAAUUUAAUAAGAUAUAAUGCUUCACUGAAUAUGAAUAAACUUUACACAAUAGAAAUAUAUAAUAUAUAAGGCGUAAAAUAUAAAAUAUUUAUUUUUGCGAAUAUGAUCACUAUUUUUGUUUACUACACGUCUUUACUUUAUCAUGUCUAUUUUAUAAACAUUUUACAGCUAACAAUUCAAUAAGUGAACGAAAGAUUUUUGGAAAGUAAAUUGUCAAAAUGAGUUAAAGAAUAUUUGAAUGGAGAAAUAAGCGAGAAAUAAAAAGAUGUAGUAUAAUAUUCUAAAAAAGAGAAAGAU